AUGUCUCAGCAUCUUCUAACAAAACAACCACAAAACUUUAACAACGAAAAUAACCGAAGAACGUGCAACCAUAAAAAGUAUACAACCGAACAAGGAAAACUAAAAAAAAUAUUUUUAGUUGAAUCUAAAAAAACGGAAAAGAGAAAAAGGUUUGAGGUGGGGAAUAAAGGCUUGAUAUGUGGUCAAGAAUUAAAUGAGAUUACAGUUGCUUUUGUUUUGCAUACCGGUGCGGAAUUGCUAGUGGUGCCAUUUUUUAUGGGCCACCCCAGCAAUGGUUUUCAUUUCGUUUCCAAGCUCUUUGUUUUGAUGCUUUUACCCUCCACGCUCCUACAAUCUGUAAAAUGA